UACCGAGUCCACUCAUUCAGAGGUGGCGGCCGCAGGAGCGAGGCUAGGGGUGGCGAGGGGUCUGUGAGGGAGCCGGUGCCCUGCGGCUGUGGUCCUCGCUGCACCCCAUCCCCAGCACACCGCCGACUUCGCUGCAGCAAGUCCGCUGCUCCCGGGGCUGGGCGAUCAGAGCUGUGUGUUUCCCGGGAACCACAGAUGCUCGUCUUCGCGCCUCCUCUCCCUGGCUUGUAAAGUCGCUUUUCCCUCCCCCGACCGAGUGACCUUUGGGCUCGGGGAUGGAUCCCAGGAAGAAGUUGGCAUUUGUGGGGACGAUGCCUGAACAGGAGCGACAGGUCACAGCCAGAGAGGCCAGUCAGAAAGUCUUAUCUAAACUUGGUUUGCCUGCACGUCCCUGGGAACAAGCAAUGAAGCAGAGCUUCGCCUUUGACAAUGUUGGCUUUGAAGGGGGUCUGGACAGCUCAUCCUCUGCCAUCACCGGCGUGGUUAGCAUCCUAGGCAUGACUUGUCAUUCUUGUGUCAAGUCCAUCGAGGAUAGGAUCUCCACCCUGAAAGGCAUUGUGAGCAUUAAGGUUUCUCUGGAACAAGGCAGAGCCAGUGUCACAUACGUGCCGUCAGUCACGAACCUGCAGCAGAUUUGCCUGCAAAUUGAGGAUAUGGGCUUUGAGGCCAGCGCCGCAGAAGGAAAGGCUGCCUCCUGGCCUUCCAGGUCUGCCCCAGCCCAGGAGGCAGUGGUCAAGCUCCGGGUGGAUGGCAUGACCUGUCAGUCCUGUGUCAGCUCCAUUGAAGGCAAGAUCCGGAAACUACAAGGAGUUGUGAGAGUCAAAGUCUCCCUCAGCAACCAGGAGGCAGUCAUCACAUAUCAGCCUUAUCUCAUUCAACCCGAAGACCUCAGGGACCACAUCUGUGACAUGGGAUUUGAAGCCGCCAUCAAGAACAGAACAGCCCCCUUAAGGCUGGGACCAAUUGAUAUCAACAAGUUAGAAAACACUAACCUGAAGAGACCAAUAUUUUCUCUUAACCAGAAUUCCAAUAAUUCUGAGACCCUGGGGCACCAAGGGAGCCACAUGGCCACCCUCCACUUGAGAAUAGAUGGGAUGCACUGCAAGUCGUGCGUUUUGAAUAUUGAAGGAAAUAUAGGCCAACUUCCAGGGGUUCAAAAUAUUCACGUGUCCUUAGAGAACAAAACUGCCCAAAUACAGUAUGACCCGUCUUGUAUUACCCCCUUGUUCCUGCAGAAUGCCAUUGAGGCGCUGCCCCCCGGGCGCUUUAAAGUCACUCUUCCUGAUGGAGUAGAGGAGAAGGAGUCCGAGAGUGGAUCUGCCAGUGUUCCCUCCCCUGGCCCCUCCCAGAGCCACCGGGAGCAGGGCCCAUGCAGCGCUGCUGUCCUUACCGUCACUGGCGUCACCAGCGCAUCGUCUGUUCAGACCAUCAAAGACACCCUGUCCCAGCGGAACGGUGUGCAGCAAAUAUCCAUCUCUUUGGCAGAAGGGACCGGAAGAAUUCUUUAUGAUCCCUCAAUGGUUAGCUCAGAUGAACUCCGAAUGGCUGUAGAAGACAUGGGAUUUGAGGUGUCCGCGAAUCCUGAAGACGUUCCCAUUAACCACCUCAGAAACGCUAGCCCUGGGAAUUCUGUGGAUGAUACACCAGGGUCUGCGCAAACAAUGGCUUCCAACACCAGAGGACUCCCCCCAAACCGGGAUCCUGGCCACUCGUCAGAUACCCCACCACCCACAGGAACAGCAGCACCACAGAAGUGCAUUGUACAGAUCCGAGGCAUGACCUGUGCGUCCUGUGUGUCUAACAUAGAGCGGAGUCUCCAGAGACAUGCUGGUAUUCUCUCUGUGUUGGUGGCCUUGAUGUCGGGAAAGGCCGAGGUCAAGUACAAUCCAGAGGUCAUCCAGCCACCUGGAAUAGCUCAGCUCAUCGAGGACCUGGGCUUUGAAGCAACAGUCAUGGAGGACAACACAGCCUCUGAAGGUGACGUCGAGCUGAUUAUCGUAGGGAUGACCUGUGCUUCCUGUGUUCACAACAUAGAAUCCAAGCUCACAAGGACGAAUGGCAUCACGUACGCCUCUGUGGCCCUUGCCACCAGCAAAGCCCAUGUGAAGUUCGAUCCUGAAAUCAUCGGCCCACGUGAUAUUAUAAAGAUUAUUGAGGAAAUUGGCUUUCGUGCUUCCCUGGCCCAGAGAAAUCCCAACACUCAUCACUUGGACCACAAGAUGGAAAUAAAACAGUGGAAAAAAUCUUUCCUGUGUAGCCUGGUGUUCGGCAUCCCUGUCAUGGGCUUGAUGAUCUACAUGUUAAUCCCCAGCAAUAAACCGCAUGAGACGAUGGUUCUGGACCACAACAUCAUCCCAGGACUAUCCGUUCUAAAUCUCGUCUUCUUCAUCUUGUGUACCUUCGUCCAAUUCCUGGGAGGAUGGUACUUCUAUGUACAAGCCUACAAGUCUCUGAGACACAAGUCAGCCAACAUGGACGUGCUCAUCGUACUGGCCACAACCAUCGCCUAUGCAUACUCCCUGGUCAUCCUGGUGGUUGCAGUCGCUGAGAAGGCGGAGAAGAGCCCCGUGACCUUCUUUGACACGCCCCCCAUGCUUUUCGUGUUCAUCGCCCUGGGGAGGUGGCUGGAGCACGUGGCGAAGAGCAAAACUUCAGAAGCUCUUGCAAAACUCAUGUCGCUCCAAGCCACAGAAGCCACAGUUGUGACCCUCAGUGAGGACAACGUAAUCCUCAGAGAGGAGCAAGUGCCCAUGGAGCUGGUGCAGCGAGGUGAUAUCAUCAAGGUUGUCCCUGGGGGCAAGUUCCCAGUGGAUGGGAAAGUCCUAGAAGGCAAUACCAUGGCAGAUGAGUCCCUCAUCACAGGAGAGGCCAUGCCUGUCACCAAGAAACCCGGGAGCAUAGUGAUUGCUGGCUCUAUAAAUGCCCACGGCUCUGUGCUCAUCAAAGCCACCCAUGUGGGCAACGACACAACUUUGGCUCAGAUUGUAAAGUUGGUGGAAGAGGCCCAGAUGUCAAAGGCGCCCAUUCAGCAGCUGGCUGACCGGUUUAGUGGAUAUUUUGUCCCAUUUAUCAUCAUCAUUUCAACCUUAACAUUGGUGGUGUGGAUUGUCAUCGGGUUUGUCGAUUUUGGUGUUGUUCAGAAAUACUUCCCUAACCCCAACAAGCACAUCUCACAGACAGAGGUGAUCAUCCGCUUUGCCUUCCAGACGUCCAUCACCGUGCUGUGCAUCGCUUGCCCCUGCUCGUUGGGGCUGGCCACACCCACAGCAGUUAUGGUGGGCACUGGGGUGGCUGCCCAGAAUGGUGUCCUAAUCAAAGGAGGCAAGCCGUUGGAGAUGGCACACAAGAUAAAGACCGUUAUGUUUGACAAAACUGGCACCAUUACCCACGGGGUCCCCAGAGUCAUGCGCUUCCUGCUGCUUGUGGACACAGUUACACUAUCCCUCAGGAAGGUUCUGGCUGUGGUGGGCACUGCAGAGGCCAGCAGCGAGCACCCCUUAGGUGUGGCAGUCACUAAAUACUGCAAAGAGGAACUUGGAACAGAGACUCUGGGAUACUGCACGGACUUCCAGGCAGUGCCAGGCUGUGGAAUUGGCUGUAAAGUCAGCAAUGUGGAAAGCGUCCUGGCUCACAGCGAUCCGACGGGGGUUGGCAAGCCUCCAGCAGGAAAAGGUUCCGGCCCCCAGACCUUCUCUGUGCUGAUUGGAAACCGGGAAUGGAUGCGGCGCAACGGCUUAAGCAUCUCCAGUGAUAUCAGCGACGCCAUGACAGAUCACGAGAUGAAGGGACAGACGGCCAUCCUAGUGGCUAUUGAUGGUGUGCUCUGUGGGAUGAUCGCCAUUGCAGACGCGGUUAAACCAGAGGCUGCCCUGGCUGUAUACACACUGAAAAGCAUGGGUGUGGAUGUGGCUUUGAUCACGGGGGACAACCGGAAGACAGCCAGAGCCAUUGCCACUCAGGUUGGCAUCAACAAAGUCUUCGCUGAGGUACUGCCUUCCCACAAGGUGGCCAAGGUCCAGGAGCUCCAGAACGAAGGAAAGAAAGUAGCCAUGGUGGGAGACGGGGUGAACGACUCCCCCGCCUUGGCCCAGGCGGACGUGGGCAUCGCUAUUGGGACUGGCACAGACGUGGCCAUCGAAGCAGCGGAUGUGGUUCUGAUCAGAAAUGACUUACUGGAUGUGGUGGCCAGCAUUCAUCUCUCCAAGAGGACCGUGCGGAGGAUCCGGGUCAAUCUGGUGCUGGCAUUGAUUUAUAACAUGGUUGGGAUACCUAUUGCUGCAGGUGUCUUCAUGCCCAUUGGCAUCGUGCUGCAGCCAUGGAUGGGCUCGGCGGCCAUGGCAGCGUCUUCUGUGUCUGUGGUGCUCUCCUCUCUUCAGCUCAAGUGCUACAGGAAGCCUGACCUGGAGCGAUAUGAGGCGCAGGCCCACGGCCGCAUGAAGCCUCUGAAUGCGUCUCAAGUCAGCGUGCACAUUGGCAUGGAUGACCGACGGCGGGAGGCCACCCCGUGGGACCAAGUCAGCUAUGUGAGCCAAGUGUCUCUGUCUCCCCUGACAUCGGACAGACUGUCUCGGCAUGAUGGUACAGCAGACGACACUGGGGACAAGUGGUCCCUGCUUCUGAGUGACAGGGAUGAAGAGCAGUGCAUCUGAGAACUCCAGGUGGCAGCCCUAGGCAGGCCAAGGUGCUCCUCCUGAGUGAACCUGCAUCAACUCCGGGCAGGCGCAGCCUCAACAAACAGCAUGGGGUGACUGGAGCUUCUCACAAGCCCUGAACAUCCUGCUAGCCUUCCCAGCAGUGUGUGGUAACUUAGCUGGUGUAGCUGCAGAGGCUGGGCAGGAUUGCUCUGUCAGAAGCCUGCUAGGAUGGGCAAAGCACACUCACAGCUCUCCCUGUUUUCCAUGAGGGCAAGGUCACUCCUGCUUGGAUUCUAGUACAAGGAGAGGAAGCCAGCUCUCUUCACAGGGCCGUGCCUACUA